AUGAUUUUUCUAGAUGAUAAGCAUCGUUGCAAAGUUGGUGAACCUGGAUUUCCUGUUGCUGCAAUAGAGAGGGGAAAGAAAGUAGUUGUUAGUAAAGACACCACAUUCACAGUAGCCGAUUAUGAUUUUACAAAAACGGGAAUUAUACCAAGUGUAGUGAUGAUAUGUGACAUUCCAGAAUCGAUCAAUGGUGAUUUCUAUGUGGGAAAAGUACGCAUUAGAUUAAAGGAUCCAAUUUUUCAACCUUCCUCACCUCUCCGACAUGCAACAGAAUUGUUUAAUAUACUACUUGAUGAAAAUCUUUAUAACAAGCCUGUGUUAUGUCUCUAUACGGAUGGUGAUCUUGAUUAUCUUGUUGCAGUCCGAACUCCACCACAACAUUCAUGGAAAAAUCCUGUUGAGCGCAUCAUGUCAAUCCUGAAUCUAGGACUUCAAAGUGUUGAGGAGAAUCCUAACCUGAAGGAAGAUCUAAUUACAAGCCUUCAAGCUCCAAUUCAUUUGAUUCGUGAUGUGUUUAGUCGUCAAGCUCUUAAAGCAGCAUCAGAAACGGAAAUAGAAAGAUUUUGGGAAACAAUUCAGAUUGUAGAUGAUAGUGUUACUCAUGAAGAUCGAAUAUAUGCAAGAAUUCUUAGAGCACUUCCUAUUCGUUGUUCAACAGAAGAUUUUGAACAAUUGCAUCAUUUUUCAGAUCCAGUACCUGGUGAAGACUCGCAUUACAUAUCAUUUGAAAAGCUAUAUGGUACACCAACAACAGAAGAUCAUAGACCUUCGUUUAGGGAUGCUAAAGCAAAAAAAAAAGAAAAUAUGAUAACUACAAAAGUGAAACAUAGUAUGCCCUUUUGCCCUUCUGCUAUACGUGCAAAAAAUGUUGGUGUUGUUGUAAAUUGUGCUGAGUGUGAGAAACCACGUCUAUUAUUCAGCGCCAGAAAAUUGUCCAAAAAGGAUAGGACAAGGCUACAAAGUUUCUUAGACACAAUCUUCUAUACCUGCAGCAUGUUAUUUCAUAAUACAUGCGAUUUGGCAAUAACCACACCCGUACCAUCAAAGCAACACGAUGAAAUAGAAAAUUUGGAUGAGGGGGAUGAUUGUAAUGAAGACGAAUCUGAAAACUCAGAUGAUGAGAAUGAAUCUGAUAACAAUAUAAAGGAUUCUAUUCGUGAACUUUUUUCAAGAGUUUUUGUUAAUGAUUCUUGGUCUUGUACGUCACAGAUUAAAAAACCAUAUUAUUCAGCUGGAAUCUAUCCGGAUGUUUGCAUUGAGUGUGGAAGCUUAGAUAUUAACGAAACAGCAGAAGACAAAUUCCUACAUUGCAGUAGUUGCAGUGAUAAUACUGCCAUUUCAAAGAAACGUCUAAAGUGAAAACAGGGUGGUAAAGAUAAGGGAAAGCGUACAAAGAUUUGAUUUAGAC